CUCUCUUCCUCCUCCCAUUUCCCCUCCUUAGUACUGUCGUGCAAUCAUGUCCACCACUGCCCGCGCCGACUUCGAGGCCGUCUUCCCCUCUUUGCGGGAAGACCUUCUGAACUAUGCGAAGCAGUACAAGCUGCCCCAGAACGCUCUCGAGUGGUUCGAGAAGGCCCUCAACGUCAACGUCCCCGGUGGAAAGCUCAACCGUGGUCUCUCCGUCCCCGACACCGGUCUCGCUCUCCUGAAGAAGCCCCUGACCGAUGAGCAAUUCAAGCACCUCAGUCUGCUGGGCUGGCUCACUGAGCUGCUCCAGGCUUUCUUCCUGGUCAGCGACGACAUCAUGGACGGCUCCAUCACCCGUCGUGGCCAGCCCUGCUGGUACAAGCACGAGGGAGUCGGUCUGAUCGCCAUCAACGACGCCUUCCUGCUCGAGUCCGGCAUCUACAUCAUCCUGAAGAAGUACUUCCGCUCCCACCCCGCCUACAUCGAUCUCGUCGAGCUCUUCCACGAGACCACCUACCAGACCGAGCUGGGUCAGCUGUGUGACCUCAUCACCGCCCCCGAGGACAACGUCAACCUCGACAACUUCUCCAUGGAGAAGUACAUGUUCAUCGUCACCUACAAGACCGCCUACUACAGCUUCUACCUCCCCGUCGCUCUGGCCCUGCACUACCUCCAGCUCGCUACCCCCGAGAACCUGCGUCAGGCCCACGACAUCCUAAUCCCCCUGGGUCAGUACUUCCAGGUCCAGGAUGACUACCUCGAUGCCUACGGUGACCCCGCCUUCAUCGGCAAGAUCGGUACCGAUAUCCAGGAUAACAAGUGCUCGUGGUUGGUCAACCAGGCUCUGCAGCGUUGCAACGCCGAGCAGCGCAAGGUCCUCGAUACGGCUUACGGUCGUAAGGACGCCGAGCUGGAGGCCAAGGUCAAGGCCCUGUACAAGGAGCUCGAUCUGGAGAAGAUCUACAAGGAAUAUGAGGAGAGUGUUGUGGGUGAAAUCCGCACUAAGAUCAACAGCAUCAACGAGUCGGAGGGUCUGAAGAAGGAGGUCUUCGAGGCCUUCCUGGCGAAGAUCUACAAGCGCACUAAAUAAGCAGAGACUUUCGGCGAAUUUUCUUCGGAGGAAUGAUAUACCCGCCUACCCUUUUCCGCCGCGUCUACAUAAUCCUACAUAAUAAUUUCCCCGUACAUUGUGCCCUACAUACCCCCAUCGAGAUAGAUUAGCUGAACUUGAGACGUACAUUGCAUACACAGCUG